AAUUGUUUGUCAAAUUGUUCUCUUAACUUUUUUCAGCCGCUUCACACUUUUCUUUCUUUUAUAUAUAAUACCUUCUUACCAAAAACAUGGUUGGAACCUCGUCUCAAAGUGAUUUUUCAAAUAAAGAGGAUAUGUACGUACACAGUAUGACUUUGAAGCAGGCAAAAAAAUUAUUGAAUAGUCCUCGUUCUCGACAAGUUAUUACACUUGCAAGCUGUGGUGGUAAAAAGGUCGGUGUAGUAGAAUGCGGCGACCCAAAUGGUUUUCCUGUACUUUGGUUUACGGGUAAUAUGGGUCCCGCUCUUUCAAUUCUUUUAUAUCAUGAUAUUGCCGAACGACAUCGUAUUCGUUUUGUUUGUGUUGACCGCCCAGGAUAUAAUUCUAGCGACGAUAUAUAUUCUGAACAUGGAGUUCCAGAUCUUUUCGAAUUUGCCGAUAUGGUCAAUGAGUUAACAUUACUGUUAAGAAUGUGGCAAUUUGGUUUGGCAACUUUUUCUUUAGGCGCAGUUUAUGGAUUAGCAUAUUCAUUAAGUUUUCCCGAGCGAUUAAAAGGCCCUAUAUUUAUGGUUUCUCCUUGGCUUUCAGUAAAAACUCCGGGAACUUCAACAAUGUAUAAAGGAAUUGCUAGAUACGCCCCAAAUUUUUUAAUACGUACAACUUUGAGCACACUUCCCCAUAUGAGUAAUUUUUUAAAUAUGUGGAAUACAUUAGGUUCCUCCCCUGUAAAAACAUCAAGACGUACAUCAUCCUCAACUUCCUCUUCAAUGUCAGCAAUGUCAGAUGAUGAUGACAUUGAUAAUGCAAACAUUGAUAGUAUAACAUUUUCAAUUGCACCUGGAAGAAGUUAUAUACAUAAUCAAAUAUAUAAUAAUGGCUUAUGGAAUCUUCAAAAUAGAACGGGUGCCCAUCUUGAUGCAAUGGUAGCGUUAGAAAAAAUAGAUUGGGGUUUUACAUACGAGGAAACAACUUAUCCAAUAAAAGCUUUUGUUGGAGAUAUAGAUGAGAAUGUUCCAAUACAAGCUUGGAUGUAUAUGAGUAAUAAAAUGAAUAAUAUUAAACUUAAUGUAAUUGAAGGUGGUGGGCAUUAUUUAUUAUAUAGAAUGGAUUUUAUGGAAGAUUUAUUUGCACAAAUUGAACGUUCCGUUUACCCUUAGAAAAUUUUCAGAGUCUCAAUACAGCAUUUAUUUAUUUAUUUAUUUAUUUCAAUGCAUUACUUAAACACUUAUUUUGAUGU